UUUGUCGGGAACUGAACUGGUGUCGUCGGGCGGAGAUAGCUGGGAAACGAGGGGGAAGGGGGAGGACGUUCAAUUCUCUGGUUUGUCUGUCCGACAAAAUUUGAAAUUCAAUCCGCAGCGGAAGGAUGGAGAGAUGACGUGACCGCAGCAAGCAACGCCAUCUUCGUCGCUGAUGAAGCCACAUGAGUUUUAGAGUUUUAAGAAAGGGUUGGAGUCUUUGAGCUUUCACGCGCCUCCUCCUCUGCCAGUUACAGAAAUGUCCGGCUAACUCAGCCCCCUCUUGAGCCUGGAUCGGCGCACCGCUCUCCAGGUUGUUUUGGCUGGAUUCGGAAUUUGCUCUUUAGGAUACGAUGGAGAAAGUAGUAAAUGAUGGUCUCAUGGAGCAACCAAUAACAUAUGGGCCGUUCUAUCAUGACACAGGGCAGCCUGGCCUGGAAAACAUUCAUCCUGCAUCUCAGUCAUUUCCGCUGGGAGUUGCAAGCACUCAUGUAGGACCGCUUGAGAUAAGUGCUUCAGCAGCUAAACCUGUUCUCAAUUAUUCCAUACAGACAGGUGAGGAGUUCGCGCUUGAAUUUAUGCGUGAUCGAGUAAAUACCCGGAAACCUUUUGUUGAAAAUGCAGUCGGUGAUUCCAAUUCAACGCGUUACUUGGAACUAAAGGGCAUUUUAGGCAUCAGCCACACAGGUUCAGAAAGUGGAUCAGACAUUUCAAUGACUAACAUCACCGAGAAAGCUCCUAGAGAGCUCGAGAGGAACUCCUAUCUUCAUGAGGGUUCAAGUAUUUAUCCCUCAAUUAGAUCAGUUCCUCGAACAUCAACCUGUGCAAGUUCACAGCAGUUCAUCCCAGGGAGCACCUCUUCAGGUGCCUCUGAUAGCUCAUCGAUGAGUAUGAAGGUCCUCUGCAGCUUUGGCGGUAAAAUUCUGCCUCGUCCAAGUGAUGGAAAGCUCAGGUAUGUUGGAGGGGAUACACGAAUCGUACGCAUAGGGAAGGACAUUUCUUGGCAGGAGCUUGUGGAAAAAAUGCUGACAAUUUAUGGCCAAGCUCAUGUUAUAAAGUAUCAGCUCCCUGGAGAAGACCUGGAUGCCUUGGUCUCUGUAUCUUCUGACGAAGAUCUGCAGAACAUGAUGGAGGAGUGUAAGGAGCUAGAUUUUAGAGAGGGCUCACAUAAGCUUAGGAUUUUCCUUUUUUCCAUGAGUGAUUUGGAAGAUGUUGACUUGGGUAUCGGGAGUACAAAUGGUGAGUCUGAGAUGCAGUUUGUAGUUGCUGUGAAUGGAAUGGAUAUUGGGUUGAGAAAAAGCUCAAUGCUUCAUGGUUUUGCUAGCUCGUCAACAAAUAAUUUAGAUGAUUUAGAUGGACAGAAUAUCGGUACAGAGGUUAAUGCAGCUGGAGUCGGUGUUUCUCCUUUGGCUGGAAUCGUUGUCUCACCAUCACAAAUUCUGUCUUCAGCGGUUCUAAGUGAUUCCUCCUAUGCCGGUCAAACUGUUCCCCAGUUCUACAACGGCCAGGUAUUGCAAAAUGGAGAUACAAAGCAAUACUACUUGCCCUAUGGGCGUGACCAGUCAACUUGCUCUCUUUUAGGAGAAACGCUCACUACAAUGCCAUUUCACGUUCUUAUGAAUCAGCAGGGAGGUUUGAUGGAAAUGCAUCUGCAGGAUAGUUUGCUUAAGGUGAACUCUGAGUCAUCAUUAAGGGAGGAGAAACCAAAAAGUGAAAACUUUGUCCAGCAAGAGAGUGACCCUGACGGCACAUCUACCUUGAAGAAAGAUCGUUCUGUUGUUUCACAGUCAUAUGAGAUUGAUGAGAUGGGAUACUCACAGAUUAACAGAUUAUCGGCAUUAAAAGGUGCGACUGAGAAGGACACACCCUAUUUUCCUUCAAACAAUGUGGGGAAAAAUAAGGAUCCUGAAAUGGUUCCCGUGUCUGUUGAUGCUGUUCUAACUUCAGUGCAGGUUCCCAAUGUCAGUAACUAUGACAACUGUUCCACAGCAAGAACUGUUAUUGCUCCAGAUGAAGGUAACUCUGAGUCCAUUCCGAAUGGUUUGAGUUAUGUUGAGCCACCUGUUCUUCCUCAGAGGGUUUAUCGCUCUGAGAGGAUUCCUCGUGAACAAGCAGAGUUACUUAGUCGGUUAUCUAAGUCAGAUGAUUCACUUGGUUCUCAGUUUAUGGUAUCUCAUUCAGGUUUGGACCUUGCACAGCCUGGUCCAAGUGCAGAAGUCAAUGGUAAUUUGCAGAGAAAACAAAUGACUCCCCGUGUUGAAAUAGAACAGCCCGUUUCUGGUGAAAAUCCUCCAUGUCGAGAACCUCAGACGAUUGAUGAUGGACUUGCACAACUUGAGUUGUAUAGAGAAUUUGCAAAUGGUAUAUCUCAAAUAACUUCAAGAGCCACAGAGUAUGGGCUGGACAGUGAACUUAAGUUGCCAGAGGCGUCCUUUGGUGAUGAUAAAGGUGUUACGAAAGAGAUUAGCACUCUCAACAUUAAUCACGCAAAGAAUGCUCCUUUAGUUGAUCACAAGAAAUUCCCGGUUGUUGAGACUGUUGAAGCUGGAUCUGAAGUUACUUACACUAGAUAUAAUGACGAUGGCAUAUCUGUUCUUCCCGAGCAUAAGGUGAAACCAAAGGAAGGAGACAUUCUCAUUGACAUUGAUGAGCGGUUUCCUCGUGAUGUGCUUUCCGACAUUUUUGCCCAAGCAAUAUUUUCCGAAAAUUCAUUUGAUUACACUCAGCUGCAUAAAGAUGGGGCUGGUGUGAGCUUGAACAUGGAAAACCAUGAACCUAAGCAUUGGUCAUACUUCCAGAUGUUGGCACACGAAGAAUAUAAGAGAAAUGAUAUUUCUCUUAUAGACCAGGAUCAUCCUGUUUUCCCUUAUGAGGUUGGAAAAGCUCGACAGGGUGAUGAUAGAUCUCAUCACUUGACACAGAUAAGAUCAGAUGAAGAUCCUAAGGUCAAUGUUAAUUCCCCUGUCAUUUGUGCUCAGAAUGGCCCUGAAGAAUUGCCUGAAGUAUCUGGUACUACCGACACAUCUGCUUUGCACAUGGAAUUUGGUCAUUCCCAACUCAAGAAUGGUGAAGGGUUGCGAUUUGAUUCUGUUGCAGAGAACUUGAGGACACCUGAGUCAGAAUAUGAGGGUCAAAUAGAGUUAAGAAGUACGGGUCUGCCACCUCUGGAUCCUUCUUCUUUGGGAGGUGUUGAUAUCAGCACUUUGCAGGUAAUAAAGAACGAAGAUCUUGAAGAACUCAGAGAACUGGGUUCUGGUACAUUUGGAACUGUUUAUCAUGGGAAAUGGAGAGGGUCAGAUGUUGCUAUCAAACGGAUAAAGAAAAUUUGCUUCACAGGUCGAUCAUCGGAGCAGGAAAGAUUAACAACUGAGUUUUGGCGGGAAGCUGACAUUCUAUCAAAGCUUCACCAUCCAAAUGUUGUGGCAUUUUAUGGUGUUGUGCAAGAUGGACCUGGAGGAACCUUAGCCACUGUGGCAGAAUUUAUGGUUGAUGGUUCUCUAAGGCAUGUUCUACUCCGCAAGGAUAAGCAUCUUGACCGUCGAAAGCGCCUCAUAAUUGCAAUGGAUGCGGCAUUUGGGAUGGAAUACUUGCACUCAAAGAAUAUUGUGCAUUUUGAUCUGAAAUGUGACAAUUUGCUGGUGAAUUUGAAAGAUCCGUCACGUCCCAUUUGCAAGGUUGGUGAUUUUGGCCUGUCAAAAAUCAAGCGAAAUACCUUGGUUUCUGGUGGAGUAAGGGGAACUUUACCAUGGAUGGCCCCUGAGUUGCUAAAUGGCAGCAGCAAUAAAGUCUCUGAAAAGGUGGACGUGUUCUCCUUCGGUAUUGUUUUGUGGGAGAUUCUCACCGGGGAGGAACCGUAUGCAAAUAUGCAUUAUGGUGCAAUUAUAGGAGGCAUAGUAAGUAACACGUUGAGACCGCCCAUACCAAGCUUCUGUGAUCAGGAAUGGCGGAGGCUAAUGGAACAGUGUUGGGCACCCAAUCCGACUGCUAGGCCAUCCUUUACAGAAAUUGCUGCCCGUUUACGUGUCCUGUCAGCAGCAGCAGCAGCAAGCCACGGGAGAGCCCAUGGUCAGAAAGCAUCCAAAUGAUGCCAAUCAUUGAUGGUGGAACAGUAUUUUUUUGCACUCAUCUGUUCUUGUCAUGAUUCAUCGAAACAGACAAUUCAUUUAUUCAAAUUCAAUUGCACGUUCUUGGAGAAGAUAGCUUGUAUAAUGGGGGAAUUAGCUGCUCCAUAUGUUUGGAGUGGGCGGGACCUUGUUGAAACUGUCAGACAGAUCAACAUUGACCUUGUACAUCGUGGUUUCUUUCAUGGUAUAUGCUGCUUUUGUGAAUCUGUCUCUGAAAUAUGCACGCUGAUUCAUAAUUCGUGGUAGUA